CCAAUCCUCUUCUAUUUGGCUUUUAAGCUCCUUACAACUUUACUCAUGCGUUCUCGGACACAGCCAUAUCACAUGUUCCUCCUACACCCAUUUUAUUUCCCAUCUCCAUAGCUUUGCUCAGCCCUGUCACCAAUCCUUCCUCACCUCAGCCUCAUAGAAUCCCUCCAAGCUUUGGCUCAGCCCCCACCUUCUGCGGGAAGCUUUCCCAACCCCACCCUAUGCCCCAGCUACCACUGCUGCCAUCUGUUCCUCUACUCUGUCUAUAUUUUGUAUGGAUACACAUCAUCUCUAGAAAGGGAGUUCCUUAGCAUAAUAUCUGGCACAUAGUAGGUGCUUAAGAAAUUCUUGUUGUCUGACCAGGGGAGCUAUAUCUGGCCCCUUUGCCUCCUGCCCAGUUACCUUUUGCCGUCUGGGUUUGGGCUCCGUAAAGCAGUUCCUAGGGAGUAGCCCCUUCUCAGAUGGCCUGUGAGGUCCCAGUUCUCUCCGUCCUCUUAGCUAAUUUUAUCUUGGUGUGCCAUAAUUGUUUUGUGUGGGAGUACUCUACCCAGAAUCCCCCAAGACCUACCCAUGACUGCUCCUGGGGCAUCUGGAGCACCCUGAGAGGUGAGAAGGAAUAGGGGACUGCCCAGAGUCAAGCCCAAGGCAGGAGCUGAGCUGGAGCUCUUUGGAGGCCAGGACUCUUUGGAGAGUGGAAAAACUACUCUGCUUCUCACAUGCCCACCUUUCUCAUCUCCAGUUCUUUGCAAACUUUAGAAUCCUCUUCCCACAUGGGACACUGGAUGAGGCAGUAAUGGUGGAAACGGGCCUAGUCACAGAAGGAGCAGUCCUAGUUUCAGGUGAUUUAGCAUCAGUUUGGGAAUACAAACAGGAAGGAAACAGUUCUCCCUUCAACAAGUUUACUUUCCUCCCAAUUUCAAAUGUCUUAUUGAUGCCUUUUGUUCUCCCAUCAAAGUCAUUUCUGGAAGUAACUCCUUAACCCUCUAGAUUGGAUUCCUUUUGGUAACAUAAACUCAAUAAAAAUGAGCACAUUUGAGUCCAUGGCUAGCCACUAAACAUUAAGCACCUACUACUUGCAGGCCUUUAUGCCCUAAGCACUGGGGAUGCACAGCAGGGCAAAGACAAUUCAGGAACUGUCACCUCCCACCCUCCUUGCUCCCAAAGCUUAGAAUCUAGUGGGGGGAGAGAAAACAAAAACUGUGGGGGGGAUGAUGAAAUGUAAAGGAGACCAGGAGAAUGAUGGGCCGACCACCUUGGGCCACCUCCUUCAGUGGAGGAUCUGGAAGGUGCUGUCUGCUGCCCUCCUUCCACUCUCUCCAUUUUAAGGGAAAGAGGGACAUGAUCCAGGAUGGGACCAUGUAGACUUCUGCACCAGCACUUCCCCAGCUCUCUAUCUAGUAGCCUUCUGUUCUCCAAGAUGGAAUUAUAAUUGGUACAGAUUGAUGAGCAAGACAGGAAGGAUCUGAUUCUGUAAUUCUGUAAUUUCAUUGGAAAAGAGAAAUUCCCUAGUGAGGAGGCUCCCCUACCCAUGUGGGUCCACACUGCCUGCAUCUUGUUGCAGACUUCAUAGUGCUUAAGAGACUUGUGGUCAGAGCCAGGCUUCUCUGUCUAGCUGCUGCUCCUUCCAGAAAAGUCAAAAGGAAACCACUGGAGGAGGACGAGAGCUUGGGAGCGUCAGGGAAACCUUUGAAGUACAAGAGGAGAAAGCCUCUGGCUUGAGCCUUGAAGGCAGGUUCUUUGCUGGAGAGGAGGAGGAAGGGGAGGAGGAGGAGGAGGAGGAAGAGGAAGAGGAAGUAGUGCAUCGGCUCAUUCUUGAUCUCCCGGCUGUGACAGAAUUCCUGAAAUGGCUGUAGGAUCUUGUCUCCUUGGCCAGAAUCACGUCUUACCCGUGUUUAAUCUAGACCUCGCAGCUCAUGCUGACGGGUUCACGAGGAUUGUUCUUGCCCUUUGCAUCUGGAGGGUGAGGCUUCCUGUAUCGUGACUUUGUUUUGUCUCGGAAAACCUUCCAUAGGAAGGUAAUGAUUUUAAAUAGCCCAUUACAUCAUCGGGUCCUUCCUUCCAGGCCAAACCAGACCACUCCUCAUACUACGUUUUGCUGUUUGGGGAGACCACUUUCUGGUUGUUCUGCGCUCCCUGGUUCGUGUCCACAAUUUUGGCCUCUGUUGACUGUCUCGGCGUAGGGAAGGGUUGUUUGCUGACCUGCCUGGUGACCUCAGAAGCAGAAGGAAGCCCCGGGGGCAGCCGAAUCCCAAGCAGAAGGUGCAGUUGGAGUUGAGGAACGUGGGCGCGCAGCCGCGCAGACUGCCAUGGACCCGGAUUGUUAUGCCAGCAUGCAGGUGGGGAUGCGCGUGGUGCGAGGGAUCGACUGGAAGUGGGGCAAUCAGGACAACGGCGAGGGCAAUGUCGGCACGGUGGUGGAGAUCGGCCGCCAGGGCAGCCCCACAACGCCCGACCGCACGGUGGUGGUCCAGUGGGAUCAGGGCACCAGGACUAAUUACCGGACCGGCUUUCAGGGCGCCUAUGACCUCCUCCUCUAUGACAACGCCCAGAUAGGUGUCCGACACCCCAACAUCAUCUGCGACUGCUGUAAGAAACACGGGCUCAGGGGCAUGCGCUGGAAGUGCCGGAUCUGCUUCGACUAUGACCUCUGCACCCAGUGCUACAUGAACAACAAGCAUGACCUCUCGCACACCUUCGAACGCUAUGAGACUGCGCACUCGCGCCCAGUCACAGUGAGUGCCCGCCACAAUCUGCCUCGAAUCACCCUGAGGGGCAUCUUCCAAGGUGCCAAGGUCCUCCGGGGCCCAGAUUGGGAAUGGGGCAACCAGGAUGGGGGCGAGGGGAAGGCAGGUCGCGUGAUGGACAUCCGCGGGUGGGACGUGGAGACGGGCCGCAGCGUGGCUAGCGUGACCUGGGCCGAUGGCACCACCAACGUCUACCGCGUGGGCCACAAGGGCAAGGUGGACCUCAAGUGUGUGGUGGAGGCGCCGGGAGGCUUCUAUUACAAAGAGCACCUCCCGAGGCUAGGCAAGCCCGCCGAGCUGCAGCGGAAGGCAAGUGCCGAGAGCCCCCCCUUUCAGCACGGAGACAAGGUCAAGUGUCUGCUGGCCAUGGACAUUCUGCGGGAGAUGCAGGAGGGCCAUGGAGGCUGGAACCCCAAGAUGGCUGAGUUCAUCGGUCAGACGGGGACCGUCCAUCGUAUCACUGACCGCGGCGACGUGCGUGUCCAGUUCAGUAGUGACGCCCGCUGGACCUUCCAUCCCGGCGCCCUGACCAAACACAACACGUUUUGGGUCGGAGAUAUGGUCCGGGUCAUUGAGGAUUUGGAGACGGUCAAGCGGCUGCAGGCUGGACACGGCGAGUGGACAGAGGACAUGGCCCUGGCCCUGGGGCACAUCGGGAAAGUGAUGAAGGUUUUCGGAGAUGGAGACCUGAGGGUGUCUGUGGGCGGUCAGUCCUGGACUUUCAACCCCGCCUGCCUGACAGCGUAUCACCUGGAGGCGGACGCCAACCUGAAUGCCACCGAGAGCGCCAAGGAGCCCAAGAGCUCCCUGGGUGCUGUCCUGGAGAAGCUGCUCACCCAGAAGAGCGACCCCGAACAGCCAGGGCGGCUGGUGACCGAGGUGGCUCACGGCAACGUGGCCAGGGUGCUGGAGCUGGUGAAGAGGCACCCAGACAAGGUGGAUGUUAGAAACCAGGGCCGGACCGCCCUCCAGGUGGCCGCCCACCUGGGCCAGGCGGAGCUGGUGCGGCUGCUGCUCCAGGCCCAUGCGGGCACGGACGUGCGGGACGACGAGGGGGACACCGCGCUGCACUACGCGGCCUUUGGGAACCAGGCCGAGGUGGCCCGGGUGCUGCUGAGCCGGGGAGCGAGUGCCAACCUGAUCAAUAAUGCUAAGUGCACCGCCCUGCACGUGGCAGUCCGCAAGGGCUUCUUGGAGGUGGCGCGCGUCCUGUGUGAGCAAGGCUGCGACGUCAACAUCCCUGACAUGUGUGGAGACACCCCUUUGCACUGUGCCAUCUCAGCAGACGCCAAGGGCAUCAUCGAGAUCCUCACCGAGGUGCCCACCAUCGACUUCACCGCCACCAAUUGCCAAGGCUUCAAUCUUCUCCACCACGCGGCACUUAAAGGCAACGUGCUAGCCGUCAGGAGGAUUUUGGUGCGGGCCCGGCAGCUGGCAGACACCAAAAAGGAUGACGGCUUCACGGCCCUCCACCUGGCUGCCCUCAAUAACCACCGGGAGGUGGCUGAGAUCCUCAUCAAAGAGGGCCGCUGUGACGUGAACCUCCGCAACAACCGCCACCAGCUGCCGCUGCACCUAGCGGUAACCCAGGCCCACGUGGCGCUGCUGCUCCUGUUGGUGAGCGCCGGCAGCGACGUCAAUGCCGAGGACGAGGCUGGGGACACGGCCAUGCACAUCGCCUUGGAGAAACACCAGCUGCUGGCCCCCCCAGCCGAGGCCUCCGGGGCUGGCGAAGGAGCCUCGCUCUUCUCCCGGCUCCAGGCCUCCAGCUUCCUGGGCAGCACAGAGUUGACGGUGGGCAUCGCCAUUGCCUGCUUCCUGGCCCAGGAGGGCGCCGACGUGAACUAUGCCAACCACCGGGGCAAGUGCCCCCUGGAUGUGGUCACGGAUGGGCGCGUGGUCCAGGCCAUUCGGGGCUUUGCCCAUAGGUUCAGAGAGCAGCAGAGCUCCGGGGGCUACCUGGGGAGGAGCUGCGGGCUCCGGAGGAUGCACAGCACCCCCAACACCAUGACCAACCUGAGCGUGGGGGGUGCGGGCGGCAGCAGCGGCCCCGGGGCCGGGCCUUGCGAGUGCCUCGUCUGCUCGGAGCUGGCCCUGCUGGUGCUUUUCCUGCCCUGCCAGCACAGCAUCGUGUGCGAAGAGUGUUCCCGCAGGAUGAAGAAGUGCAUCCGCUGUCAAGUGACAAUCAACAAGAAGCUUAGACAAGACAGCACCGAGGUGGAGAGCGGCCUGUCGGGGCUGGAGUGCGCGGGCCAGCGGCAGCUGAUGGAGGAGCUGCAGAGCCGCUACCGGCAGAUGGAGGAGCGCAUCACCUGCCCCAUCUGCAUCGACAGCCACAUCCGCCUGGUCUUCCAGUGUGGCCACGGCUCCUGCCUUGAGUGCAGCUCGGCGCUCAGCGUCUGCCCCAUCUGCCGCCAGGCCAUCCGCGACCGCAUCCAGAUCUUUGUCUGAGCCCGCAAGGACCUAGCCGG